GACACCCGACUGCAGCGAUGUGGCUCCUUCGUGUCCUCCUCCUGUGUGCCCUCCGUGUCCUCCUCCUGUGUCCCCUCCGUGUCCUCCUCCUGUGUCCCCUCCGUGCCCUCCUCCUGUGUCCCCUCCGUGUCCUCCUCCUGUGGGCUCUUCUCUAUCCAGGCACAGGAAAUGUCCCGAGUGUUCAGGAGGAAAUAUUCACCCGGCCGGGAUCUGAUCUUCUCCUCCCCAUCAGACGUCAUCUCACCCUCACCCAUCCAGAUACAAAGAGAUGUGACGGGAUUGUAUGGAGAUUUACAGACCCAACCGAAUAUUAUGGCACCACAAUAUUUAUACACAGGGGAUGUACAUUGCGUAAAUAUGAGAACGCACUCUUCCCCAAUAUGAAGAUAUCAGAGAAUGGAAGUCUCAUCAUAUCCAAUGUGACUCCGGAGAAUGACAGGAUAUACAGGGUGGAUAUAUAUAACUCUACAGGAGACAUUAUACAGAAAGAUUAUUACAGCGUCCAUGUAGAAGUUCCAGUAUCGGUUCCGCUCCUCCAUGUCUCAUGUCUCCGGAAUGGCAGCGCUGAGAUCUCCUGCAGGGUGGAGGCGGGGACUAAGCCGAAUAUCCGUCUAUCUGUGAUUGGAGGAUCCCAGGAGAGAUAUUCUGCAUCUGCCAAUAACAUUACAGCCAUUGUGGGGUCACCGGGGCCCUGGAACAUCGCCUGUACUGUGGAGAAUGGGGUCAGCCGGUCGGAGGAGAGCAGAGCCGGGGUCACCUGUCCAGUCCCCCUCUCUGACAUCACUGUGACCUCCUCCUGUCUCCCGGAUGGCAGCGCAGUGGCCGAAUGUUCGGUGAAAGGAUCAGAUCCGCGUUAUUCCUGGAGUUUGGAUGGGAGAUCCGUCUCCUCACACAGCCGGGUAACUCUUCCUCCGCCGGUCUCCGGAACCCUCCGCUGUGAUGUCACCAAUCAGAUCAAUCAUCUAAGUAGAUCCAUCAACAUCUUCUGUCCAGUUCCGGUUUCAGAUCCAGUGCUGGAUGUGAAGUGUCUCCAGAAUGGCAGCGCUGAGAUCUCCUGCAGUGUGGAGAAGGGGAAUGACCCCUCCAUCUACCUGACUGUGAUUGGAGAAUUGGAGGUAUAUGAUGUCACCGGAUCAGAGCGGACAGUCCGUGUCACUGUGCCUCCUGUGUCACCACCCGAUUCCUGGAAUAUCAGCUGUUCAGCAAAGAACGACAUCAGUGAGAGAUCCACCAAUCAGACACAAGACGCUUGUCCAGGAAAAAUCCGGUCUUUGUUGGGUCACCUCCUGUCACCCAUUGCGGUCUUUGUUCUCUACACUGCCCUCCUCAUCUUUAUGGUCAAUGACCUGAGGAAGAUGAAGAAUGAGAAGAAUCUGAGUGAGAGGAGGAUGAGGAGAAGGGAUCAGGUGGAGAUGGAAAUGGAACCAACUUACUACAAUGAUAGGAAUUGAAACAUCCCCCCAGAUUGUCAGCCGGGAAAUUGUAUGAGAACAAAGCACACAGUAUGUAAAGAAACUCCAACUGGUGAAACUUACAGGGCCACCAACUUCUCCAAUUUCAGCUGAUUCAGCAGGUAUUGGUUGAAAUUUGAGCCAUCUAGGGCCAGAUUAAGUCUCUGGCUCAAAGUUGACAAGUGACUCGAAGGAUUGGUGACCAUUGGUGGCUGUAUCUGAAUGUUUUCUGCUUUUAUUUGUGAUUAGUCGUAUUAUUGAACAGUUGCUUUUUUACUCUCUAUAUACAAUAUAUUAUUUUUUAAAUGCAGAUUUUGUUUCUUUUUAUCUGACAACCACCUUAGAAGAUACAGUAGAUCUUUAUUAUUGAUUAACAUCAGAGCAGCGCUCUAUGGGUAAAAGUCAUAAAUACUUAUAAACCAUUGAAUAAGUAAAAAGUUAGUUUAUUGCUCUUGAGAAAGGUGAACAACAACUGUCAUGUAUAAAAACUUGCGGAGGUUGCUAAAAACAGUCAUAGGAGCAAAUAGGCAUUAUAGAUACUAGUAUUAAAGUUGUUGUUCACCUUUCUCAAGUGCAAUAA